AUGGACAGCUUUCCAGCUCCUUCAACAGAUGCUGUCUGGAGCGAGUACCACAUUAGCGCAGAAUCGACAGCAGCCUCAUACGGUGGGAUCCGUGGGAGGCAGGAACGUGCCGCGGCGGCAGCGGGCUCGCCACACGCGAGGACCCCGCACGUGACACGAGGCGCACGCGGUGCGUGGGAGGGGGCUGUGGUGGGCGGCGGGGGUUCGGGCGGGGGCGGCUCCCGGGGCGGCGCGGGCGGCGGGCGGCGGGCAGCGGGCAGCGGCAGCGGCAGCGCCGGCUCUCACAGGGACGCCGCUGUCGAUAAGCGAGGCGCGCGCUCGCAGACAGCCCGCCAUAACUCAGCCGCCGGAGCAAUUACGAUUCUCGUCGCAGAUAAAACGCGUAAAUCGACGCCGCCUGGCCUCGGGCGCCGCCGCCGAAGCCCCGGGCUCUCGCAGCGCCCGCGCCCGACAAUCACGUUAAAAGCAAUCUCGGCAAAUGCGUAG